ACUGCAAGCUUUUGGUUGUCGCUGUUUAGUGUUGUCAUUUCCAAACAUGUUCAUCAUGUUCGAAGCAAAUAAUUUUAUAUUUUUUCCCAGUAAUUGACGUGUGUCACGAUGAGUAACUUUUGUAGAGAGGUCAUCACUCUUCAGCUGGGACAUUAUUCAAACUUUGUCGGGACUCACUGGUGGAAUUUACAGGAUGCCUCUUUAUCAUACGAUCCAGAGACGCCGCCAGGUGAGAUCCAGAGCGAUGUCAUUUUUCGUGAAGGACAGACCCUGGGCGGACACAUCACCCACACACCUCGCCUCAUUGCCAUGGACCUCAAAGGAAGUCUUCGGACUCUGCGGCAGGAGGGAAGUUUGUAUGACUCCGGCAAAGACACCUCAGCUGUCACAUGGGAGGGAAACCUCAUGAUGCACAAAGAAAGUCCUCCUGAGAAGAACUCCUUUCUUGAAGAUCUGGAUAAGUUGGAUAGAGGGGAGAUCUUAGCAGAAGCAGAUUUCUACUCCAGUUCUCAGCCUCACUGCUCAGCAGCAGGUGCAGUGAGUGUGGACACCGUCAACAGCCAGCUGGCUCGAGUCCAGAGAAGCUGGCUGGAGGGCAGCGUGAGGGUCUGGUCCGACUUCCUCAGGAUCCACCUGCACCCUCGCACCAUCUCCGUCAUCCACCAGUACAACCAUGACGGGGAGGCUCACCGUCUGGAGGCUUUUGGCCAGGGAGAGGCUCUCCUGCAGGGGGCGGUGCUCGAGGAGCUGGAGGACAAACUGCACUUCUUUGUGGAGGAGUGUGAUUACCUUCAGGGUUUCCAGGUGUUUUGUGACCUCGCUGAUGGCUUUGCAGGCCUGGGGUCAAAGGUCACAGAGAUGCUGCAGGACUCUUAUGGUGGGAGAGGCAUCCUGACCUGGGGGUUGGCGCCCGUCAGUCACCCGAAUUCAACUGCGAUGAAGGACCUUUACCACAUGUUGAACUGCACAUUAGGGACCGUCCACAUGGCCAAUCACAGCUCGUUCUUCUGCCCGUUGACUCUGCGCGGAGGAUUGGGCAGACGACCCUCCGCUCCCACAGCGUUCCCAUACCUAAACUAUGAUCCCUCAAUGUGGUACCACUGCAGCUCUGUGCUGGCUUUGGCCCUCGAUGCCCUCACUUUGCCUUACAGGCUGAAGAACAACAGCGUCCCCAUGUGGCAGGUGGCCGACACACUCGCCAUCUCCGGGAGAAAGGUUGUGGCUGCUUACGGUGCCGUCCCCUUUCCCAUGAUGCACGGCAGCUCUCUCCCUGACGCCUUGAGUGCCUGCUCAGAUGCGUUGCCAUGGAAACCUCUAUCAGCUUGCUCUGAACCCGGCGACGGUCAAUGCUACGGCCAGUGGACGACGUUCAAAGGCUUUGAGGGCCAGAGGCUAAUCAGCUCUCUGGCUCCAGGGACUCAGCCGCCCACGCCUCUGCACAGCCUCCACAGUGGGGAGGACGUCCUGGCCUCCUACAUCAGAUCUUUCUAUCCCACAGCUCCUCUGGCUCUGCAGUUGGUGUCUGCGCCCAGUAAGCUGACGCCACCUUUCCCUCAGAUCUUCAGUCAGUCCCUCGGUGCUGACGGCUUCCUGCAGAGCCAGCCUCCUCCACCUGGCUCUCUGCCCCCUGUGGUCUCCUCUGCACCCGUCAUGACGUCCCUCCAGUCAGGGCCCGCGCUCGGCCCGUGGCUGUCCGACCUGCAUCGUGGCGUCAGCACUUUAGACAUCCGCCGCGUGGCCCCCAGCUUCCUCUCCCAGGGACCCGAGAUGGCCGACUACCAGGAGGCCCUUGAGCAGCUGCGCCUACUGGCCCGGUGUUACCGUGACGACAGCGGCGGGGUGAUGCGCUCCUCUUCAGAGGAGGAUGAUGAUGACUGACAGUGGCAGUCUUCAGGGCCACCGUCAGUCAUCAUCAUCCUCGUCAUCGGCUCUGCUAACCUGACCGGCAUCGGCCGGUCUGCUUCGUUUACCAGCCUGCAUGCUGCAUACGGACACAGAGCGACGAAGAGGAGUUCUGCUGCGUGAAGGACCACGACUGAACUACGAGGCAACAGAAGGAGGUAAACUGUUUCUCGAAUAGACACGAAUGAGGGAAUAUGAGUGUAGUCCUCAGAGAGGGGAUGGAUGUAGCGUCGUGUACGGAUUGUAGUUACCUCUUUAAAUGACUGUUUACUGUAAUUAACUGUUUUUAUACUACAUUACGAAACGAUUGUAUUUACAUUGAGAUGUAGGUGUCACCUGUUUUUGGCACAGGUUGCCCCGACCUUGAAUUCACUUUAAAGAGUUUCAGCACAGAUGUUUACUGACGUAUUACAAACCACUUACAUAAUCUCAUCGCCCGAGCUGAAAGUGACCAGCAGGCAGAAAAAGCAAAAUGCCACUUUUAUAUUAAACAAUUAAAAAUUAGCAACCUCAAAUGCCUUGUAUGUUUAAUUACUUGGAAAAUUGGUGUGUUUUUGUAGACAUUUAACCAAGGUAUUCCAUUGGAUAGUAGGUAGUUAAAACAAUUAGACCGACAUUAUUCUGUAUUCUUAUUUUCUUUUUACUUUAUUUCAUACAAAAAACCUGUCUUCAGCCUGCGUUGGAUAGUUAGGGGAGGAGACAGUGGGAAUGAAAAGAGAACUGUCACAAAAAUAAGAUUUCUCACUAAAAUAAGUGCCGGUUCAUGAAUCAGAAACAUGCCAAAUUACAGACGUGUUCACUCUGCCAGUUUCUCGUCUUUCCACUGAAUAAGAAAACUGCGACAUGUUCCCACACAAAUUUAAUGGACAAAAUUUCCAAACUUUACCAUGACUUUUCAAGGACCCUUAGAAGUUUUUUCUUGCCUGGCAUUUUUUUCAAACAUGUCAGAUUCAAGAUUAAAGUAAAAUUAAGAAAUGUGCAUGAUGGUAAAACGUUGUGACACAUGGACACAUACUAAAGCUGCGUUAACUCGUCAGCUAAAGAAAGAUCAUUUGGAGGUUUAGAAGUGGAAGAUCAUUUUAAGAAUUUCAUUACUCACCACGAAAUUUAAUGACUUCCAGUUUUCUUUGACUGUGGGAACCCUGACGUUCUUGCCUCCGUGGAGCUCCUCAAUGUUUCUACUUUUACUUUUUCUUAUUUAGGGCUGCAGAGUGCAGGUAUUUUCAGUAUUUGCUAAGACAUAAUAACUUAUAAACAUGUUUGAUUUUGUUGUAACAGCGAGUCAAGAAAAAGACCUUUUUUUGACCAACUUUCACAAAAUGAUCGAGAUCACAGGAACACAAAUCAGCUGAGGUAAAACUUGUUAUUUUCCUCCAACUUUGGAAAUUUGUCUUCAACAGUGAAAUACAAUGAAAACUUGAUGUAAGGACAGAAAAGCAGGUAAAUAGUUCAUUUAUUAUAUGCAGAUGGACAUU